UGUGUGGAAUUAUAGUAGUAUGAUUUGCAGCAGCACAUCUGCCACAAAUUCACUGUUUUCUGCAUGUUCUGCCAGUUUUUAACAGUGAUGGCCUAUAGAACAUCAACAGUCGGUUGCAGUCCAUCAGCUCAUUGCUUGUUUUGAAUCUGAAGGGGAAACUCAUUGUCACAUCUGUGAUCACAUAGGCCAGUGAUCUAACAGGAUUGUUAUACAAUUGGAUCCAUUGUUUUGGAGGCACCAGAAAUGAAGUGAAAUUGCUUUCCAGUAGAGACUAUUGCAGCUUCCUGCUGUUUAUGGUAAUUAGACCACCCGCAAAAUGUCAAUGAGUUGCUGUAGUCAUCUUCCAUUCCAGCCUUCUUUAUCAAGAUGCUUUGUACCAACGCACAGACUUAAGAGAAUAAAAACGAAAAGGCCACAAUUGUUUAAGUUACCUUAAAAUAAUGCUGCCUAUAAUUAACAGUGUUUGCUAGCAUGGCAGAUUUUUCCUCUGCGUCUCUGAGUAUCCGAAUGUAAGUUGGCUUGGAAUGAAUCUGUAGUAUGCUAUUCUUUGUUUUUAUUCUGUGGGAGAGAGCAGCCUCCACCACAUGUCGCUGCAUCUCCCAAUAUGAUGUCAUCGAAAAGCAAUGGCUUGAUCACAUAUUUCGGUCACAUAGAUAACUUCUGAAUUGUAAAGUUUAUCAUAUAGAUAACGGAUUUCUGAAUGCGUUAAUCUGGAAUUGUGCCGUCAUUUGGCGAAUGUUACUACGUAGAAGUGGCAACAUUGUUAGCCAACAACGUUCUAAAUGACUAACGUUAACGUUCUACUUGAACAAAAGUGGAGCACUGGCAUAUUUCAACUGCUUUACUUCGAGAUCGGAAAGUUCAACUGAAAUACUGAAUUACAUUUUUUUUCGGUUUUGGUUCCGCUCAUUCGGAGUGGACUAUGGAGAGGAAGAUAGAGGAGCUGGGCGAUUUGGAAAAGCGGCUGUCCCAGGAUGGCUUGGACUCCAAAAGCAGCCCAACGGAGCGGCUGCUCCACCUGUGGAAGCUCUACCUGGGCACCGUGGGCAGCCUGAACGCCGCCAGGCUGGAGAUGAAGGCUCUGCACGAGACUAACGACAAGGAGAAUAUGAAGAAGCAAAAUAUGCUGGACGAGAUCCGGGCUCUGACUGCCCAGCAGCGCUCCAUUGUCAACAAGCUUGUGGAAGAAAACCAGCAACUGCAUGCUCAGCUGAAGCAGCUGCACCUUGAGAAAGAGGGCCAGAAGAUGGAGGUGGCCGAGCUGCUUCACCAAGGGGGCCUGGGAGAGAUUGUCCCCUCCAGCCCCGGCGAGCAGGUGGCCUACCUGCUGGCUGAGAAGGAUUCUCUCAUUGAGAGACUGCAGGCUCUGGAGCUGCUGGCGGUGGAGAAAUGCCCAGCCUCACCUGGGUGCCCGCCACACACGGACCCUGAACCAGAGGCCGUCUUCAAAGAUGGCAUGGACAAGUCCUCUGGUGUCGAGCCGUCUGAGGAUGGCAGCGUUGAGCGGCUGCACCUGGAGAGAGACCUGGACGAGGCGUCCUGCCGCCUGUCUAUGGCUCACAAGGAGAUCCGUCGGCUGACGGAUGAGCUGGAGUCAGCGCACAUGACCCAGAGAGCCUGCGAGCCAGAGCUGCAGUCUGCCCAACAGGAAGUUGAAUUUCUCAGGCAGGAAGUGGAAAAGCUCACUGAUAUGCCUGAGCUCCGCAAGGCCAAAGAGCUAAAUGAGUGCCAGGACAAGGAGAUCAAGAUGCUGAGAGACACGGUGCGCAGCAUGGACAACGAGCGUAUGGCUCUCCUUGCCAUGCUUGAUAGUAAAAUGAUGGAGGUCAGUGACAAUGAGGAUGAAGAGUACCCUCUGAUAUCACUGCCCAAAGUGGAAAAGGCUGAGAUUGCCAUCCAGACUGUAGCUGAUGAUGUGGAGAGUUCUCAUGUGAGGUGCCUUGAGGACCUGAACGAGAAGGAUCUUGAGCUGCGUAAGCUGCAGGCAUGUAUCCAGCAGUUGCAGCAGGAGUGCGAUCAGAUGCAGAUGCAGAAAGACCAGGCACAGCAGCUUCUAGAAGAGCAGGAGCAAAACCACACGACCACCGUGGAGGCUUUCAAGGAGGAGCUGGAGUUUCUGGAGACAAUGGUGAAACAGGCUGACUGUCAGCAGCAGGAAAGCCAGAACACUGUUAAGGAUGAUUGCAUGGCCAUUGCCAAGACCCAGGAGUGUCUGCUCCAGCAGAAAACUGAGGAGUGUACACAGAUAAGUGAGAUCCUGAAGCACACUGAUGGAGAGGUGCUCUUAGGGAGAGAGAAGAUCAUUGAGCUGGAGAAACUCAACGCUGAGUGGGACCACAAGAACAAACAGGUGCUUGCUAAGAUGCAGGAGGCCUUGGCCAGAGUGUCCAAGCUUGAAAAAAAACAUGAAGCUAAGACCACCGAGUACCAGCAGGCUUUGGCCAGAGAGUCCGAACUCAAGAAGAACCAGGAGUCUUGGGCCGCUGAGUUGAAGGAGGCCUUUGCAAGAGUAUCUGAGCUGAAACGUGACUGUGAGGCUCAGGGCGUCGAGUACCAGCAGGCUUUGACCAGAGAGUCCGAACUCAAGAAGAACCAGGAGUCUUGGGCCGCUGAGUUGAAGGAGGCCUUAGCAAGAGUAUCUGAGCUGAAACAGGACUGUGAGGCUCAGGGCGUCGAUUACCAGCAGGCUUUGGCCAGAGAGUCCGAACUCAAGAAGAACCAGGAGUCUUGGGCCGCUGAGUUGAAGAAGGCCUUAGCAAGAGUAUCUGAGCUGGAACGGGACCGUGAGGCCCUUGCCAAGGCCCAGGAGUGUCUGCUCCAGCAGAAAACAGAGGAGUGUGCACAGAUAAGUGAGAUCCUGGAGCACGCUGAAGGAGAGGUGCUCUUAGGGAGAGAGAAGACCAUUGAGCUGGAGAAACUCAACGCUGAGUUUGACCACAAGAACACACUGGUGCUUGCUAAGAUGCAGGAGGCCUUGGCCAGAGUGUCCAAGCUGGAACAGAGCAAUGAAGCUAAGACCACAGAGUACCAGCAGGCUUUGGCCAGAGAGUCCGAACUCAAGAAGAACCAGGAGUCUUGGGCCGCUGAGUUGAAGGAGGCCUUAGCAAGAGUAUCUGAGCUGAAACAGGACUGUGAGGCUCAGGGCGUCGAGUACCAGCAGGCUUUGACCAGAGAGUCCGAACUCAAGAAGAACCAGGAGUCUUGGGCCGCUGAGUUGAAGGAGGCCUUAGCAAGAGUAUCUGAGCUGGAACGGGACCGUGAGGCCAUUGCCAAGGCCCAGGAGUGUCUGCUCCAGCAGAAAACUGAGGAGUGUGCACAGAUAAGUGAGAUCCUGGAGCACGCUGAAGGAGAGGUGCUCUUAGGGAGAGAGAAGACCAUUGAGCUGGAGAAACUCAACGCUGAGUUGGACCACAAGAACACACAGGUGCUUGCUGAGCUGCAGGAGGCCUUGGCCAGAGUGUCCAAGCUUGAACAGAGCCGUGAAGCUCAGACCGCCGAAUACCAGCAGGCUUUGGCCAGAGAGUCCGAACUCAAGAAGAACCAGGAGUCUUGGGCCGCUGAGUUGAAGGAGGCCUUAGCAAGAGUAUCUGAGCUGAAACGGGACUGUGAGGCUCAGGGCGUCGAGUACCAGCAGGCUUUGACCAGAGAGUCCGAACUCAAGAAGAACCAGGAGAGAGACCUGGAUGCGGCAUCCUGCCGCCUGUCUAUGGCUCACAAGGAGAUCCGGAUGAGGAUGACGGAUGAGCUGGAGUCAGCGCACAUGACCCAGAGAGCCUGCGAGCCAGACCUGCACUCAUCCCAACAGGAAGUUGAAUUUCUCAGGCGGGAAGUGGAAAAGCUCACUGAUAUGCCUGAGCUCCGCAAGGCCAAAGAGCUAAAUGAGUGCCAGGACAAGGAGAUCAAGAUGCUGAGAGACACGGUGCGCAGCAUGGACAACGAGCGUAUGGCUCUCCUUGCCAUGCUUGAUUGUAAGAUGAUGGAGGUCAGUGACAAUGAGGAUGAAGAGUACCCUCUGAUAUCACUGCCUAAAGUGGAAAAGGCUGAGAUUGCCAUCCAGACUGUAGCUGAUGAUGUGGACAGUUCUCAUGUGAGGUGCCUUGAAGACCUGAACGAGAAGGAUCUUGAGCUGCCUAAGCUGCAGGCAUGUAUCCAGCAGUUGCAGCAGGAGUGCGAUCAGAUGCAAAUGCAGAAAGACCAGGCGAAGGGGCUUCUAGAAGAGCAGGAGCUAAACCACACGACCACCGUGGAGGCCCUGAAGAAGGAGCUGGAGUUUCUGGAGACAAUGGUGAAACAGGCUGACUGUCAGCUACAGGAAAGCCAGAACACUGUUAAGGAUGAUUGCAUGGCCAUUGCCAAGGCCCAGGAGUGUCUGCUCCAGCAGAAAACAGAGGAGUGUGCACAGAUAAGUGAGAUCCUGGAGCACGCUGAAGGAGAGGUGCUCUUAGGGAGAGAGAAGACCAUUGAGCUGGAGAAACUCAACCCUGAGUGGGACCACACGAACACACAGGUGCUUGCUAAGAUGCAGGAGGCCUUGGCCAGAGUGUCCAAGCUUGAACAGAGCCAUGAAGCUCAGACCACCGAAUACCAGCAGGCUUUGGCCAGAGAGUCCGAACUCAAGAAGAACCAGGAGUCUUGGGCCGCUGAGUUGAAGGAGGCCUUAGCAAGAGUAUCUGAGCUGGAACGGGAUUGUGAGGCUCAGGGCGUCGAGUACCAGCAGGCUUUGGCCAGAGAGUCCGAACUCAAGAAGAACCAGGAGUCUUGGGCCGCUGAGUUGAAGGAGGCCUUAAUAAGAGUAGCUGAGCUGGAACAGAGCCGCGAGCUUCAGAGGCUUCUGGAGAAGAGCAGGGAGCUUCAGGACCAUCUGGAGAAGGAGCAGAACCUGCCCCGCCAGACCGAGCAGAUGCAGGAACUUCAGAAGCAGCUACAACAGACUCUCUGUGAAGAUUUCAAGAAGCAGGGCAAGGUCAUGGUAUCUGAUGUUGUCUCCAAUCUACAGGCCGAGAUGGAGAAGUACUUUCAGCAGAGGAAGAUGUUGCUCCAGAGGGAAGAAAUGCUUCUACAAGAAGUGGGGAGCCUGCGUAAUCAGACCGAGCAGAAAGACAGGCAGCCAGCCCAAGCGGAAGUUUGUGCCAAACUGCAGGAAGCCCAGGAAAGGGAGACCCAGCUUGGGUUGAUGCUGCAGUGUGUGAGAGAGUCACUCAGUGCCACUCAGAGAGAGGUGCUGGACCUCCAGAAGGAGCUGAGAAACACGACGCUUCAGCUUGACCUGGAGAGGGCUGAGACCGAGCGGCUGAAGAAAGAUGCCAAGUACAUGGCUGAUGAUCUGGCAAGGCUGAGGGCCCAAGCAGAGGAGGCUGAGAAGCAGAGACGGUUGUGGCUGUGCCGCGAGGAUGUAAUGCAGCAGCAGGUGAAAACCCUUCAGGACAAACAAGCCUCCCUGUCGCAAUCUGAACAAAAGCUCCAGGACCAAACGCUGGACCUGAAGGCCCAACUGGCAGCCCUGCAGAAGGCAGAGCAAGCAGUCAAGCAGGACCUGCAGACUAGUAGCCUAGACAUGAAGAACCAGUUGCUCACCAGUCAAAAUGCUGUGCUGGCCCUGCAGGAGGAACUGAAAAACACCCUACAUGCUCUGGAUAACCAGAAGAGCAAGUACACCGAGAGAACAUGCAACUACAAGGACAGGCUUAGUCGUGCCAAACAAUUCCACAUAAAAGAGGUGGUUUUACGUGAUGACCAGAUCAAAGACCUUCAGAGGCAAUGUGAUUUCCUUAACAAAAAAGUGGACAAGGUGACAGGGCUGACAAAGAGCAUGGAUGAGAUCAACACCAAUCUGCUGAAAGAGAACGGCCAGUUUCAGUGCCAACUCCUCGAUGAGCAGGAAGCCCAAUGCAAGACCCUGGACAUCCUCAGGACAUACAAACUCAGGAUUGAGAAUCUGGAGAAGGUGAUUGAGAAAAUGGAAUUUUUUAUUCAGGACCAAAUACUCUUCAGCCCGAGUCAGGUAACCAGACGUCCAUCUAUGCACCUAGUGUCUGGGAAAACACCAUCUGCCACGGACUACAGUGCUUUGCCCAAAGGCUACACCAUGAGUGACCCGUUUCACAUCAUCCAGAAGGCACGCACAGCAAUGAAGUCUGAAGACGUGAGCCCAGCUCUGUCCCUGACGCGCACACACACCUCGGAGAUGGGCUACCUGAACCUCACCCCCCCUCUUAGUCCGCCCGGCAGCCAGUUGCAGGACGACUGGACCGCCACGAGCAGCGCAGACGAGGCACCGCAGAUAGAGAACAAGGAGCGCUGCCUCACAGAGCGUUUCCUCUAACGCAACACCGCACUGCACUGCCUCAUCGAGCGUUUCCUGUAACGCAACAUUGCUCCCCAAUGUGAAAUAUCACCAUUCUCAUGUUUGGACUAAAGAUUGCUACU